CCGCGCGGCCAUGGCGGAGGGCGCGGUGCGGGUGGCGGUGCGGGUGCGGCCGCUGCUGCGGCGGGAGGCGCUGCGCGGGCAGGCGCGGUGCGCGCGCGCGGACCCCGCGGCGGGGCUGGUGCUGCUGGGCCGCCGCCGGUUCCGGUUCGGAGCGGCGCUGCCCGAGGCGGCGGGGCAGGCGGCCGUGUUCCGCGCCUGCGUGCGCCCGCUGCUCGCAGCUUUCUUCCGCGGCCUCAACGCCACCGUCUUCGCCUACGGGCAGACCGGCUCCGGCAAGACCUACACCAUCGGCGCGGGCAGCGGUGCUUCCAUCAAUGAAGAUGAGCAGGGCAUCAUCCCACGAGCCAUGGCCGAGACCUUCAGGCUCAUCGAUGAGAAUGACCUAAUUGAUUACACAGUCCGAGUGUCCUACCUGGAGGUGUACAAGGAGGAGUUUCGGGACUUGCUGCAGGUGGAUACAGCCAGCAAAGACAUCCAGAUCCGGGAAGAUGACAAGGGGAACAUUGUGAUCUGUGGUGUGAAGGAGUUGGAAGUGGAAGGGCUGGAUGAGGUUCUGAGCCUGCUGGAGAUGGGGAACACAGCCAAGCACACGGGAGCUACCCACCUCAACAGGCAGUCGAGCCGCUCGCAUACCAUCUUCACGGUGACCAUGGAACAGCGGCGCAAGGCUGGGCGCCUUGCUCUCUACCACCACGACCCCUCCAUACCUGCCUCGGGCCAGGUCCUGGUUUCCAAGUUUCGCUUUGUGGACCUGGCGGGCUCGGAGCGAAUUGUGAAGACAGGAAACACAGGGGAGAGGCUGAAGGAAAGUAUCCAGAUCAACAGUGGCCUCCUGGCCUUGGGCAAUGUCAUCAGUGCCUUGGGAGACCCUCGCAGGAAGAGCAGCCACAUCCCCUACAGGGACUCUAAAAUCACCAGGAUCUUGAAAGACUCUCUGGGAGGGAAUGCCCAGACCGUGAUGAUAGCCUGUAUCAGCCCAUGCUCUUCUGACUUCGAUGAGAGCCUCAACACACUGAAUUAUGCCAGCCGGGCUCAAAACAUCCAAAACAAGGCCGUAGUGAACUGCCGCAAGGAGACGGAGAACGUGGAAGAGCUUCACCAGCAGAUAAAGAACCUUCAGAAAGCACUGGAACAGCGGCACCGCUCCGAGACCCGCAUCAUCAACCGCUCAGCCACCGCCAAACGACGCGCACCGGACCCCACAGCUCGGCUCCUGGCAGAGUGCACACAUUACCGGAACUGCACCGAUGCCGCGUACCGUCUGCUGAUGGAGCUGCAGGAGGACAGUAACCUGACACUGGAGCAGAUCCUGCGGGUUAAGGAGUGGCUGUGCACGGUGGAGAGUGAGAGGAGCGAGCUGACCUCAGCUGGGCUGGAUAGCGGCAUCGAGAGCACCUCCAUGGAAGACCAGAGCCCCGAGGCACAAGGCUCAAAGCUGGCAAAAGCCCAGGUAAUCACCGAGAAGGGGCGUGAGUCCAUCAAAGAUGAGCAGGUGGCCAAACUGCAGAGGCAAGUGGAGCGCCUGCAGGAGGAGAACUGUGAUUUCCUGGCUGCCCUGGAGGAUGCCAUGGAGCAAUAUAAGCUGCAGAGCGACAAAUUGCAGGAGCAGCAGGAUAAGAUCUCAGAGCUGCAUGUGCGCCUGGAGAUGGCAAUGCCAAACCUGUGCAUUCCAGGACUGCUGGAAGAUCUUCACCUGGUGACCACCAACCAGAGACCUCACACAGCCCCACUGGAUGCUGCCCCAUCCCAUGGCCUUAGCGGGGUUCUCUCAGAGCUCCUUCCUGCUGAGCAGAGUGGAAGAGCCCUUUGCAGGAAGCAGCUCGACAGCAACUCCUCCUUCCAGGAGGAGGAUCUGGCAGGCUGGCACCUGAACCACAUGCAGUGCACGACUGGCAAUCCAGAGGUCAAAGAUACGGUGCCGAGCAGGGAGCUCAGCCAGGACUCAGAGAAGCCAUCAGAGCUGUCCUCAGACGAGGAGGAGUGGGAACAGAAACGGUCCCUGUCUCUGCGCCGAAAUGGAAUUCAAAGCUGGAGCAAGAAAGAGACUUGCAAAUUGAGUGAGGAGCCAAGUGAAGACAAUGCCCACUCGAUUCAGGAAGAGCAGCUGGAGCUGUCAAAAGAGGUCUGUAGGAGGUGGGAGCCGCUCCUCAGUCCCCAGGAGCGCCUGUCAAGGAAGGAUUCCAAGUGGAGGCUCGCACAAGCACAGCAGAAGAUCAGAGAGCUGGCAAUCAACAUCCGUAUGAAGGAGGAGCUGAUCACAGAACUCAUUAAGACAGGCAAGGAUGCCCAGGCUCUGAACAGGCAGUACUGCCAGAAGAUCAGCGAGCUGGAGCAGGAGGCGGAGCAGGUGCGGGCAGAGCUGAGCGAGAGCCAGAAGCAGCUCCAAGAGCUGGAGAGCAAAGAGCUGUGGGACCCUGGGGAGAAGCACAAACUGCAGGAAUACCGCACACGCGUGGCAGCUGCGCAGAGCAAGGCACAGGUUCUGUGCAAGAAGAAGCAGGCGACAGAGAGGCUGGUGUCACUGUCAGCCCAGAGUGAGAAGCGGGUGCAGGAGCUGGAAAGGAACAUUCAGCUGAUGCGGCGGCAGCAGGGCCAGCUGCAGCGCCGGCUGCGGGAGGAGAGCGAGCAGAAACGGCGGCUGGAGACGGAGGUGAAUAAGCGGCAACACCGAGUUAAGGAAUUGGAACUGAAGCAUGAGCAGCACCAGAAAAUCCUGCGUAUCAAAACAGAGGAAAUUGCAGCUUUCCAGAGGAAGCGGCGGAGUGGCAGCAAUGGCUCCGUGAUCAGCCUGGAGCAGCAGCAGAAAAUUGAGGAACAGAAGAAGUGGCUGGACAUGGAGAUGGAUAAAGUCCUCGAGCAGCGCCGAGCCCUGGAUGAGCUGGAAGACGAGCUGAGGAAGCGGGAGACUAUUGUGGCCAAAAAGGAAGCCCUGCUACAGGAGAAGAAUGGCCUGGAGAGCAAACGACUGCGCUCCAGCCAGGCCCUGACAGAUGACAUAGUACGUGUGUCCAGCCGCCUGGAGCACCUGGAGAAGGAGCUAACCGAGAAGAAUGGGCAGCUGCGUCAUGGCAGUGCCCAUGACCAACAGCAGAUCCGCCAGGAGAUCAACAACCUGCGCCAGGAGAAGGACCAGCUGCUCAAACAGAGGUUGGAGCUCGACAACAAGCUGCGUCAGGGCACACUGCUGUCCCCCGAGGAAGAACGGAUCUUGUUCCAGCUGGAUGAGGCAAUUGAGGCUCUGGAUGCAGCCAUCGAGUACAAGAAUGAGUCCAUCACAUGCAGACAACGAGUCCUACGGGCCUCAGCCAGCCUGCUGUCCCAGUGUGAGAUGAACCUCAUGGCCAAGCUCAGCUACCUCUCCUCUUCCGAGACCCGAGCUCUGCUCUGCAAGUAUUUUGACAAGGUGGUUACGUUGCGAGAGGAUCAGCACAGGCAGCACAUUGCCUUCUCGGAGCUGGAAAUGCAGCUGGAGGAGCAGCAGCAGCUGGUGUACUGGCUGGAGGCCGCUGUGGAGCGCCAGCGCCUGGAGAUGGACCGCCAGCUCACCCUGCAGCAGAAGGAGCAUGAGCAGAACAUGCAGUUACUGCUCCAGCAGAGCCGCGAGCACAUGGAAGAGGGGCUGGCUAGCAGCAAGCUGCAGUAUGAGGCAAGGAUUCAGGUGCUGGAAAAGGAGCUAAGCCGUUAUAUGUGGGCAAAUCAGGAGCUGAAUCAGAGGCUGAGUAGUAUGAACCUCCAUCCUGGACAAACCAAAGCAGGGAUGGAGAGAAGUAUUCACGGGGCUGGGGACAGAGGUCCUCCUGCACUUGGGACCUGCGAGGAAUCUAGCUUUGGGGAGCAGCCUGUGUCUCUGGCCACUGCGGAAGAAAGCCAUCGGGUCAGGGAAGAGAGCAGGGACCUGGUACACGCCCCUUUGCCAUCGACCUGGCGUCGUUCCUCCCUGCCCAAUGACAGCCCUGGGGACCUUCGGCAGAAGGAUGCUGAGCACUUGUUGCGAGCUGGACAGCCCCAUGAGGUGCAUCCACCGUGGUGCCUCACUCCUGCCUCCAAGCCCCGCCGGGAGCUGCGCAGAGCCAGCCUGAAUGUGACCCCAGUGCCUUAUCACCCAGCAAUGAUAGACGUGAGGAAAAAUCCACUCUAGACAGAGGCUUAACAGCUACCUGGCACAGGGCAGGGAGGAGCAGAUACUGCUGAUGUGAGCUAAAGAGCCUUCCAGCCCGCAAGCCAGCCUGGUAACAAACCUGUUACGUUUCAGAGGCCUGAGAAGAUGACUUGACUUUUCAUCAUACAGGAAGUAAGCCUACAAGGUGUGGGACCACCAGCCUAUGUUCUACACUGCUGCCAGUCUAGACAGCACUGACUGGACACCUUUUGUCCCACACCCUCAGCAACUUGAACACUGGGAGGUGGGAGAUGCUUCCCAUCCUGGCCUUAACACUAAAAACUUGUUUACAGUUUGGAAACCUCUGCUGUGGGGCUUGCUCAGCCCUAGCAGCCUCAGAGGGAGGAGCUCUGCAGUCCUGCAGAAGUUGUACGUAGAUUUUUGUAGUACCUUCUUUUUUUUUACAUUUCUACUGUAACUUUUCUAAAUAAAUCAGAAUGAGUUUA